AUGCAUGCAGACUCAGCUUUACGAGCUGAGGUCAUAGAGAAAAUUCGACAUGCGUGUGAGAAAUGGGGUUUCUUUCAGGUAGUGAAUCAUGGAAUUCCUGUAAAUGUUUUGGAUGGGGUGAUUCGAGGAAUGCGAGAGUUUAAUGAGCAGGAUGGUGAGCUGAAGAAAGAGUUGUAUACAAGGACUCCCGGGAAGAAAGUGUAUUAUCUGUCUAAUCAUGAUUGUACCAGGCUUCAUCAGCUGACUGGAGAGACACACUUGCCUGUUCUCUGGUUCCUAAUCCACCCAAACCGGCCAGAAGAAUUACAGUCAGUAUGCAGGUAA